AGCCAUUUCAGGUCGUCGUUGAUACUAGCUUAGUGCGUUUCCCACUACUCUGUGGGUAAAAUCUUAAUUUGAAUAACGAUAGUGCGCCAUUUAGUGUGAAAACUCAUAGCAGUUUAAUUGUGGAUCUUUCAGGAAAUAUUCUUUAUUAGUUGAAAUGUGCAGUUAUUACGCCUUAGCAUACCUUCAUUGAAUUAAGAAGCAGCUGUUUUUAAAGACUAAAAGUUAAUCGAUCAAACUAAUGUAAUGCAUUUAGGUUCUCCUGAGCAGAUAUAUUUGAAAUGAAUAUUUUGCGUGUUUGAUAUCUUCUAGAAGUUUUUUGAAACAUAGUAGAAGCAAGUUAUAUAGUGAAGUAUAUGUGCUUACUAUAUUAGUUUUUAUAUGUAGCUUAAAGAUGCAAUCAUACUUAGAAAUCACUCCAUAAAUGGAAACAUAAUCAUAAUAUACAAAAACUAAAAAAAGUGUUCUCAUAUCAUCAAAACGCCACUAUAACAAUAAGUGAAACUACAAAUUGAACCUCGUCAAGUGAAACCUCGCUUCAAUCCGACCAUGGUUGACAUAAUCUGCCUAAUUGCCGCAGUGGUAGCGGCAAUCGUCGUUACGAACGAGGUCACGGCUCAAAGCUGGUCGGAAGGACUUUCCGCACCGCAGCACUCGAUCGUCAAGCGGAUGGAUCUGGAAACAUGCCUGGUGCGCUUCGAUGUCCACUUGAACACGAUCAUCCGCACGGAGGAGUCCCGCUCGAUGGGAGCCAAUUUCCUGGACGAUGCCGAUGUGAGCUCGCGCGAGCAGUGCCUGCGGCUGUGCUGCGAAACGGAAAAAUGCGACGUGUUCGUUUUCGAGGAAAAGAACCAGGGUACAUGUUUUUUGUUCCAGUGCGGCCCUUCGAACGAUUUCCACUGCAAAUUCACACAUCAUGCCAACUAUACGAGCGCGGUACUUAAAAUUCCUUCAGUGGACCAACCACCACCUCCCCUCGUUUCGCAAAUCCAUUCUCUUGUGCAGCCACCAGCUUCACCACAGUUGUCCGUUAUCGUGCCCCAACUAACACAGCAUGAACGGGAAUUGGUUAACCUCAAGGCACCGAAGACACCUCUGAGAAGUGAGCAAACGACCACGGCUUCAUUGCCUCCACUCGGCGUUCAACUGGGGCAGCUGCCCACAACAACUCCAAAACCUUCGUCGUCAAGUCAGUGUGGUCACUACGAAUUCCCAUGCCACUCGGGAGAAUGCAUUGCGAUUUACAAUGCGUGCGACGGUAUUCCACAAUGCGCAGAUGGCAGUGAUGAAGGACCUGAAUGUCCCAGACCUCCACCGAUCAAACCGUACCAGCAAUCCCAAAUUCAGCAACAACAACAACCUUCGCGCAUCUCCACAAAUCAAAUGAACGACAUGUCUCAAACGAAGGCUAUAAUAUCACAAGUUUUUCAACCAGAUCUUCAACAGCAACAGUUAAGAGGUCUGCAAGAACAACAGAAGCUUCGUAACCAGAUGCCACAUAACCGAGAGGAUCCCAUGACAGCUCCGAAAGCAUGGUCUCGUCCUGUAGCUGACACCCAGAGUAACUAUAUUGAUUCAUCAGACAGUCGAAUCUUUAGUCACAAGGGUGGCCUUCAGCUAUCAUCCAAUAACAUCGGUGGUCCCCAGUAUCAAUUUCCUGAAACCAGCUACGUUCCCAAUAUACCCCGCAAUAAUCCUUACAUGCCCAUACCAGAUAAUUAUCAAUCUGCUUCACAGUGGAACGACCCUCGUAUGUCUCCACCUCAACGUCCAAUAUGGCCUCAAAACCAGCUUCCUCAGGAACAGUACGUUCAACCGCCGCCUCAACAUCAACAGGACACCAACCAACCCCAACCGAUUCAACCGAUUCCUUCAAACCCCCAAUCUCCCUUAUCUCAAACCCCAGCCCAGCCCCAACCGGCAGCAACACCGAUAUCCCCCGAGCCAAAAUCCCCCACUCUUAACAGUGACACAGCGAAGAACUCCGACAGCCACAAAGCCGGAAAGUCCUCCGAAGAAUACGAAUCUUAUGACGAACAGCAGUAUCCGGAAAAGUCUUCCAACGAGGAGCAGGAGGAGGAUAAACCCGAACCACAUCAGCCUAAAAAGAAGCCACGAAAGCACCAUCAUCAACACCAACACGACGAGGAACACAAGAAGCAUAAAUCGAAGACAGCCAAGAAGGACAAGGCUCUGCACGGAGCGGAAGAACAUAUGCCUCCGGUGCACGAACAUCUAAAAAUGCUACGCAACGAUCUGGAGAUUGAGUUUGCCGACCACGACGGGGCAGCAGAAAGGCCUGGCGGAGCAGUGCUCUCGUUAACGUUGGGUGCCAUAUUGACAGCAGCGUUGGCCAUACUGAUCGGGUGCAGGAUGAAGGUUGCCCGGAGGAGAAUCCGAAGACAGGGCAAAGGAUCGUACGCGCACGAUGCCGAUUUCCUCGUGAACGGGAUGUAUCUUUAGGACGCCUAGAUUAGAUUAGGUGUUUUCGUUUUCAUCUUCAUUUGCCAAUAGGAUUAGUACCUCGGAACACCGAAGCAUUAACUUGGAGAGCAGUCUUCAGAAAACUCGUUUUGUUUCAUUUGAUCCAGCCAUGUUUAAGGAAGACUUUCGUUUGAUAAAAUAGAGUUGAACUCCCACCAA